AUGGAACACGCCCCUAAUCCAAUCCUGCUCCAAAAAGGAGACUCUUCUCGCACGCCGCUCUUCCUGCUCCACGAUGCCGGCGGCACGGUAUUCAACUACUACAAGCUCGGCAACAUAGGCAGACCCAUCUACGCGAUCUCAAAUCCGUGGAUCAAAGCAGAGACAAAAUGGGAGGGCGGAGCAAUGCGGUUCGUACAUGAGUAUAUCAAGUUGAUCAAGAGCGUGGUGCCGUCGGGGGAGAUUCUAGUCGGAGGUAGGUCCAUGUCUCACUGA